AUGGCCGCGGUGGUGGCGGCCGCUCGUGUCCUGUCUGAGGCGGCGCUGACGGGCGGGCGGCGGGCGCUGCGGGGCGGCGGCGGCUCCUGCUGCCGGCGGUGGAAGCGGGGCGGCGCCUGGGCGCUGCCCGGCCGGACGUGGAGCUCAGGGGCUCCGCCGGGGGUCCCUCCGUCGGCAAGCGCGGCCGGACCGAGGCUGACCGGAGCCGUCCUGAAGGAGCAGAAGUCAACGGGAGAAGAAGAUGGGAAAGGCUCCAAUAAUCAACAAGAGAAGACGAAAAAGCAGAACCCUGCCUAUACCAAGAGAUUGUUGCAGAUAAUAGGCCUUCUCGGAGCUGGCAAUGGCGUAGCAAUUAUCUACAUCUUUGGCCGUAAUUCAGUGGAUGAAAACGGUGCGAAGAUUCCUGAUGAAUUUGAUGAUGAUGUGGUGAUUAUUCAACAGCUGCGAAGGUCCUACAAGUAUUUCAAAGAUUAUAGCCAGAUGAUCAUGGAGCCCACCAGCCCUAAAUUGCUGCCAGAUCCCUUGAAGGAACCGUAUUACCAGCCGCCUUAUACCCUGGUUAUUGAACUCACCGAUGUCCUGCUGCACCCUGAAUGGUCGUUAGUGACCGGCUGGCGCUUCAAAAAGAGGCCGGGCAUCGACAACCUCUUCCAACAGUUGGCUCCGCUCUACGAAAUCGUCAUCUUCACCUCCGAGACAGGCAUGACAGCUUUUCCCCUCAUUGACAGCGUCGAUCCCCACGGCUUCAUCUCCUACCGGCUCUUCCGAGACGCCACUCGCUACAUGGACGGGCAUCAUGUUAAGGACAUCUCCUGCCUGAACAGGGACCCGGCCAAGGUGGUGGUGGUGGACUGCAAGAAGGAGGCCUUCCACCUGCAGCCCUUCAACGGCCUGGCCCUCAAGAAGUGGGACGGGAACUCCGACGACCGCACCCUCUUCGACCUCUCGGCUUUCCUCAAAACCGUUGCCCUGAGCGGAGUGGAAGACGUUCGCUCCGUGCUGGAAAACUAUUCCCUGGAGGAAGAUCCGCUGGAGGCUUUCAAACGCAGGCAGUCCCAGCUGGAGCAGGAAGAACAGCAGCGUCUCUCCGACCUGACCCAGCACAAGAAGCAGCAGCUCUUCCUGGGCUCGCUGGCCAGCCGGCUGUGGCCUCGCUCCAAGCAGCAGUGA